AUGAGAGCCCCACUUCGAAUUGCAGCGCAUUUGCCCAUCUUGCUGCUGUUGCUGGCAGUCACAGUGACAGUUCAGGGGAGAACUGAAGAUGACGAAGAGCUGCAAGUGUAUUCAGAGGAAUAUGCAGCUGACACAACAGAGGAUACAUCCGAGGCCUCAACGGAACGAACUAACAAGUGGCGCAUGGUGCACGUUCUGAGCCUGCAAGAGCAUUGCGAUAUACAUCAGGGAAAUGGUCGCUGCAAUGGUUUCAAUUUCCAGGAGCCGGAAGAGUUGGCCUUCUUCGAGCUGUCCACACAGGUGCGCAUUGCGUCAGAUGGCGCCACCUAUGAGCUGGGAGAAAAACAACCUCUGGCCACACUCAUCAUGGAGAACUCGACCUUCGUGAACUUCCCGCUGCAUCUGUUCUACGAGCUGCCGCUGCUCAGCGAGCUGGAUAUGCGUCAUUGUCGCAUCAAGCAUGUCAGCUGGGAGUGUUUCCUGGCUGCGGACAAGCUGAAGAUUCUGCUGCUAUCCGACAAUGCCAUCAGUGAGCUGGAUGAGAACGUUUUUAACUAUGCCACUGGACUGGAAUUUAUAUUUUUGAACAACAAUCGGCUGAGCCGCCUGCAUCCGGAUGCGUUCAAGGGACUGCAGCAGUUGCGACACCUCGAUUUGAACGACAAUCGGCUAGAGGAGCUGCCCGAGGGUCUCUUUGCCGAUCUAUCAAUGCUCCAUCACCUAACGAUCGCAAAUAAUCGCUUGCGCUCUAUCAGCAACGAUUUGCUAGCGAAAAACGAACGCCUUCAGACAAUCAUUUUGCAGGGGAAUCACUUACGCCAGCUGGGCGAAUACGCGUUCAGCUCGGCACCUAAACUGCUCGUACUGGACGUAUCGCACAAUGAGCCGUUGGAGGUGCUCGUGCUUAACCUUAGUUCGGGCUAUUUGCUGGCUAGCAAUUGCUCGCUGCAUCGCGUGAAUAUCUUUGGUGUUGUCAAUAAUGUCGAUUUGGGGGACAAUCGUGUGCAGGAGCUAUACUUCACCAGCUCCGAGGCACUGGAGGAUCUGGUGCUGCGCAACAACUCGCUGGUGCAGCUGGCAACGCUCUCGCAAGUGCCUCGACUGCGUCGCUUGAAUGUGGCAAACAAUCCGAACUUGCGCGAACUGCCCAGCGAAUGGGAAACUCCAAAAUUGGAAAGACUGGACUUGAGCAAUACGGGCCUGGAGCAGCUGCCGCAAGCGGUGUUACGUGGCAUGCCGCAGUUGCGGAAGCUCAACGUGUCGGUCAACAAGAUAAGCGAUAUUGAUCCAAGGAGUUUUCAGAACUUGUCGCAGCUAACACACUUCUUCAUCCACGCAAACAACUGGAACUGCUACAAUCUAAAGCUGGUAAUGGAGAUGCUUAUAGAGGAGCACGGCAUUACCUAUGUGCCAGAUAGAGUGGACGAUAAGUUUCCGGGCAUCUAUAUAAAUGGCAUUGCCUGCAUGUAUCGUCUGCCCGAACGAGAGCAGCUUCAAGUGGAGUCUGAUUCGGAAUCGCUGCAGCCCGCCUCCUCCUCCCACUCCUCCUCUUCGGCUAGCAUGGAGUACAGAGAGGACAGCGAAGUGGAGAAAUUACGCAACGAAUUCAAAUCUGUGGUACAGCACAUGGAGAGCAAGUUCGAUAGCGUCUUUGCACAACUCAAAAUUCUGAAUGCCAAGAUGAGAAGCUUGGAGCGCAUAAACAGUACUCUGUUUAGCAAGAUGACAAUCAGCUUGUGAAUAUCAAAUUUAUUUUGGUAUAUAUAUGUAUAUAAAGAUAAAGGUGGGAGCAUA